AUUUUUUUACACUGAAGAUGAUGCUUAAAUUUUUUUUACCAGAUUUUUCAGCUGAUUAAUUGCUUAAACACUUCAUUAUGCGUUGUAUUGCGAUCCUUCUGCUGGUGGCGCUGUUUGUUAUGUACGUGGAAGCUACAGUACAAGCCAAAAACAACAACAACCAUUGGGGGCAUGGGAAUGAGAGAGGUCAUGGCGAUGGACAUGGGGGUCAUGGCCAUUGGGGUGGCAAAGGUUACUGGGGUCACGGAGGUCAUGGAAAAUGGGGUCAUGGAGGUCAUGGACAUAACAACUGGCAUCAUUGAAUUGAGAAGAUGGAAAAUGUGUGAGAUUUUAAAAAAGCACAAUUUUAAACAUCAGAAUAAUUGUUAUUUUACAAUAUCGUAAUAUUUGUUAAAAAAUAUUUUUCAAUGUGAAUAUUUAAAAUACCGCAACAAUCUUCCUACCUUAGCUGGGACUUGAACCUGCAAUCUCCUAGAUUUGAAUCUGUUGAUGGAAUAUUAUUUAAAUAUACAGAAUAAAAUAUGAAGUAAUAA